GCCAUUCGUCAACAAGUUUUUAUAAGUCAUUCUACAACAACAACAGUAACGAGAGCGGUACGUAUCUGAAUGCGAUGCGACGAUCUCGGCGACUUGUGAAAGGAACAUCAUGGAGAAGGAGAAGCUUAAUUUGCAAGACGCGUUCUCGUUGAACGGACGGACUCUUGUCAUCCUUGAGCUUCAUGAGGUUGUUUGAUGGGUACUGCUAGGACACUCUUCCUGAUGAGAGAGGUUCAGUGGAGAACAAAACAGUUGCCUCCGCCUCCUCUAAUAUCGACGAUAUCCACCAUCUUCACUCGGACUCGUCCUCUGGCUUCUCCAGUUACUUAACCAGACUCCAUAAUGACGCGAUGCCUGCAAUUCUCGCUCUCACUCCUCAGCAAGGGUUCAUCAACCAUCGAAGGAUUGAUCACGACGACCCACUGACCUCUCCACCACCACCAUGUCUGAGUCUCGACUUUGUGGGUUGUUCUUCUGGGAUCGUCUCUAAGAGUCCCAUUCUCAUAAAUGCCUUUGCUUUCGCUCUCUCUUUGACUUCCUCUUCUUACUCUCUUUCUCUUCAUUCCCCAUCUCCCUUCUCCACAUGUUCUCAACCCCAGAUAUCUUCUGAGGUUGACAACGUGGUUUUGAGCUGUCCUAUCGACUAACAGCAAGCAACUCGGCCGAAACAUCUCCAACAUGUCCUCCGACUCCGAAAAGGCCUCCAAGAGGGCCGAGAGCCCCAGCCCCAUCGCCGAAUCUGAUGGUGGUAAUGCUGAUGGUCUUCAUCGCCGUCUCAACAACCGUCAGGUCCAACUUCUCUCCAUCGGAGGCACUGUUGGUACUGGUCUGUUCAUCGGUAUCGGUGCCGGUCUGGCCAAGGGCGGCCCCGGCAGUCUCCUCGUCUGCACAGCUCUCUACGCCAUGGUCCUCGGUCUCACCAACAACUCUAUCGCUGAGAUGAACACUUAUAUGCCUGUCUCUGGCGGUUUCAUCCGUCUUGCUGGACACUGGGUUGACGACGCCCUAGGCUUCAUGGUCGGCUGGAACUUCUUCUUCUACGAGGCUCUUCUGAUCCCCUUCGAAAUCGUUGCUCUGAAUCUUGUUGUCUCAUUCUGGAGUGACACUGUUACUGACGCUGGUCCAACUGCUGGAUUCAUCAUUGCAGUCAUCAUAGCAUAUGGUGUGCUCAAUCUCCUUGCUGUUGGUGUCUUCGGUGAAGCUGAGUUCUGGCUGGCCCUCGGCAAGGUCCUUCUGAUCUUUAUCCUCUUCAUGUUUACAUUUGUGACAAUGGUCGGGGGUAACCCUCAGGGUGACGCUUAUGGUUUCCGCUACUGGUCAAAUGUUCACGACGCAUUUGCUACAUUUCGUACUGAAGGUGAUCUUGGACGUCUCGAAGGCUUCAUGGGCGCAUUGGCAUCCGCUGCCUUCUUUGUUGUCGGUCCUGACUAUAUCUCCAUGGUCGCCGCCGAAUCUAAGCACCCCAGCCGAUAUGUCAAGACUGCCUUUAAGACUGUCUACUUCCGUUUCGGCCUCUUCUUCAUCGGCGCUGCUUUGACUUGUGGCAUCGUUCUUAGCCACACUGAUGAGACUCUUGUUGAGGUCCAUCUCGGCACCGGAUCCGGCCACGGCACAGCUGCUGCCUCGCCGUGGGUCAUCGCCAUGUCUAACCUUGGAAUCGAGGGACUGCCCCAUCUCGUCAACGCCCUCCUUUUCACGACUAUCUUCUCUGCCGGUAACACGUACACAUACUGCGCAACUCGUUCGCUGUACAGUCUCGCCCUCGAUGGCCGUGCACCUGCCUUCCUUCGUAAGACCACCAAGAACGGUAUUCCUAUCUACUGUUUCGCCGUCACCAUGGUCUUCCCUCUGCUGGCCUUCCUUCAGCUCGACAGCUCGUCCGCCGAGGCCCUGACCAUCCUUCUCGCUCUCAUUACUGGAGGAGGUAUCGUGGAUUAUAUCACCAUGAACAUUACCUUCCUCUUCUACUACCGUGCUUGCAAGGCUCAGGGCGUUGAUCGCAAGAAGAUGCCCUACUUCGGCUACUUCCAGCCCUACUGUGCUUGGAUCGCUCUUAUCCUUCACACAGUCGUUUGCUACACCUAUGGAUACACAUCCUUGGCUCCCUUCAAUGCGAAGAACUUCUUCUCCAACUACACCAUGCAAAUCAUCGCUCCUUUCAUGUAUCUCGGCUGGAAGCUCAUCAAGCGCACCAAGGUCAUCAGUGCCAAGGAGUGUGAUCUUGUCUGGGAGCGACCUGUCAUUGAUGCUUACGAAGAACGCGCCAUGAUCGUUGACCCUCCUACUGGCUUCUGGGAGGAGAUCAUUGGCCUUGUUGGUAUCAAGAAGAACAAGAAGAAGAACGCUGCUGAAGUCCAUGUCUGAGCGUGCACCUGGAAAUGGUGAAUGCGAAUGAAGAAUGACGCUGCGACAUCCAUGAUGCCCAGAAGCAGCGAGUCAGUUCGACAAUCGUCGCGACUGAGAAAAGGUUCAGCUCUGCUGAUCAUCACCAUCUCUUCGAUGAGAUUGUGGAUAGAGUCCUGCUGCGCCGCCUGAAGUUACCGACGGCAUAAAAGAUACCCAAACGUCAUUCCCUAUUGGGUCGAGUGACAAUAGCUUGUAUGAAAUAGAGUGUAUAUACGAAUAUAUGAAUGAAACAUACCCUGCCAUGAUUGAUCUACUUGCGCCUCCUAUCGACAUGUUCAUUCAGUGUUGCGGAUCACUGAGAAGUGGAACUCUGCCCCCAAAGUUCAGGCCAAUGUACCUCAAUAUUUUCGUCACUCGGUCCUGAUCUUCUUACCUCCCUUAGAAC